CGACGGUCGCGCUCUGCUCGCCUGACCUCCACCAUCGCGGUGCAUGGCUUACUCGUACGACAGCCGCCCUCACGACCGCCGGCGCAAUGAUUCCUACUAUUCGAGGUCUCGAGACUCGGGCGGAUACUCGAGUUUGAACAACCAGAGCGGGUACUCCUACUCAUCCCCCGAGCCCCGCUACGCCGCAAAUCCGCCCCUACCCAAACGAUCCUCCGCACGCCCUUACUACAGCGAGUCCCGCAACAAGCGCACAUGGCCUCCAUCGCCCAGCGUCGAAGACGAAGCAAUCUCUCUGGCACGAGAGUAUCCGGUGGGGUCUGCGCACAGCGAACGGAGCGGUGAAGCGAAAUCGCGGGGCAGUGUCGAUCAGUACCCCAUCAUCGAGGAGAUCGAGCAGCCAAGAGUGGUGCACGACGACAGCGGCGAACGACGGUUCGUCUUGGUCUCUGAUCCUGGUGUAGCUCCUGCACCGUCCGCGGCCGCAAAGGAGCGGCGCAAGAGCUUCGCUGAGCGCGGCAACAUUCCCCAUCUGAAAACUGAUGUCAGUGAACCGCCUGUCUUCACCCAGCGCACUCCAACGCCGUAUGCCUACACCAAGCCCACAAAGGAAUCUGCUGCCCCGCCGGCUAGCGAGUGCUUUCUGUCUCCCGAGCCCAUCACUCCCACGCCCGCCAGCAUUCCAAGUUCCAUUCCCAAGCGCAACCCGUGGGAUACGCCCCGCGACCAGAAUGCGAGACCAACUAAGGCACCUGCUGUUCACAGCCGUAACGACUCCGUGCAGCAGUCGCCCCGAACAGGCAGGCUCGAUGUGUUUGACGACUCGGACAUGGAGCCCGAGGACACGUCCCGGCUGCGAACCGAAAGAACGCCUGCCCAAUACAGUUUUGUCAAGAGCGAUCUGCAGCGAGAAGACUUGAGAUCAUCGCUUCAUGACUGCAAGAAAGAAAGAAAAGACCCUAGGGCUCCCCCACCACAGAGUCCCCGAUCGGCCUACGAUAAUACCUUGAGUAGUCCCGGGUCGUCCAAGAACUCGACCCCUCCUCCACAGUCCCCACAAUCCUCCAGUUCAUCCCUAAGCAAUGGCACGCGGCAGAGGCCCCUCAGUAGACCCAGUCCGGUGGACACAGGCUACUCCAAAUCCUCUAGGACCUACCCAGAUUCUCGACCUGCUUCGCCGCUUCGCCGCCCAAGCUCCCCCCUCCACCGUGAAGUCCCAAUGCCGCCAUCUCCAACGUACUCCCCAAAGCUUCCUCCGCGCCGCGCGAAUGAAUCUCCACCCUCUACUCGACCAACAUCUAGAGGUGGCCCUCAAAGGCCUGCAUCUCCCUUGUCUUUUUCAACAACUCUGCAGCCGCCAUCUGAACCUCGAGUUCCUGUUACCGACGCCGAUUGGCAUGCUACAUAUCCUCCAGCUACGCGGGAUAGAUCAAGGCCCCCCUCCCGCUAUGGUAGACAUGAAAGCAUGCCCCUCCCCGUUCCUCCCCGCAUUGAUGUUCAAUCUCCUUCCCCUGGAAGACCUCCUAGGCUGAGCGCUCUUCCAUAUCCUGUGGAUGACAGAGAGACUGACGUGUAUAUGCCACCCGAAGAAGCGUAUCAAUAUCAGCAUACUACACCUGCUCCUCCGCUGGGCCCUCCGAGUCCUAGUCUAAGACAACCCUAUCCCGACUCCCCAAAGCUUUCUUCGCCAGUUGUUAGCUCGCCACGUGAAGCCUCGUCCGCCUUCCGACCGUCUUUAGGAAGUCGACAUACCGCGGCUGAAGAAGUUCCACGGUUGGCGAGAGUCAGGUCUAAUUCAAUCAGGUCGCAGUCUAGCAACGAAGGGCAUCGAAAGGAACGAACUAACACCCUUAGCCUUGACAAACCACUACCAUCUUGCCCAAGGAGUGAACCCUCUACUAUGCACGACGAUUGGUACACGCUUGACAAUUGUCCGAACUUCGACAUCUGCCCGAGCUGUUUUGAACGUGUAUUCAUAGACACGCCAUUUGCAGUAUUCUUCAAACAAGCUCGGCGCUAUGAAAACCCUGUUGAGCGGUUUUGUGACUUUAGCUCUCCUUGGAUGCGACUGGCUUGGCUUCUGACAAUCAAGCAACAACGAAAGAGUCCGGACCUGCUGUAUGCGCUCGCUACUAUAACCGAGUUCGGUGAGCCGUGUCCAAAGGACAAGGAAGUCCCAGGACCAUGGUAUGGUAUCGUGGAUCAACGCGACGGUUCCCCCGUCCCAAACUUCACCAUGUGUCCAUGCGACUUCAAGCAAGUCGAGGCUCUGUUCCCAAGCCUUAGAGGCUACUUUAUAAGGAUCCCGUCUUCAGACUCGCUUCGAAACACGAAAGCACCAACCUGCUCACUUCGAAUCACCUCUCGCCGAUUUCCCAAAUACCUCGACCUCCUCGUUGAACUUGAUGCCGAAGCCCAACUCCGCGGCCGUAGCCCUAACAUUGAACGCUUCAUUCUGAUGGCGAGAGAAAACGCGUAUAAGGGUGAAUGCUUAAAAGAUAAACCCACUCUACGCAAACCGUGGCACUUCAUCCCUUCGCUCCCCGAAUUCACCGUUUGCGAAGAGUGUUACGACGACGUCAUCUGGCCGGCGAUCAAGGAAAAAUCUCGGCUCGCAGAAUCGUUCAAUAGGACGAUUCAACUUGUCCCUGGUGAGGAUAUCGAGGGUACGAGUUGCUGUCUGUAUAGCACCAGGAUGCGACGUGUCUGGGCUCGAGCGCUCGAGAGCGACGACUUCGGAUAUUUGAAACGAAAGGCGAUAGAGCGAAAGCGGAUUGAAAGUCGGAUAGCAAGGGAGAAAAAGGAUCUUUUGAGGUAUCUAGAAAUGAGGACAAUGUAUGGAGGAAGCGAGCGGGACAGAUUAAGGAGGGAGUUGAGAGAGGUAGAAGCUGAGUGGAGGGAUUGCGAGUGAUAUGACUAGGUCUGCGGAAUGUGGAACGUCGAAAAGUUGUUUGAAGGAUUGAUUAGAUAGAGGUGUUUGGGAUGAUGAGUAACAGUGGGCUAAUUGACUGAAUGCCCUCUAUGAUAAAUGUGUGAAAAU